GAGGAGGAGGGAAGCGGUCUCUGUGUUGGAGCCAACCUGGACCUUUGUGGGUUUGUUUGAGGGUGCAGUUUGGCCGUUUACAGCUCAGAAUGUGUUCCUUCUCUCUUCCCUCGGCGGUGGGGGUUUAAAGGGGAGCCGGGGAGUGAGUGAGUGAGAGCCGGCGCAGCGCGGUGCGGAUCCGCCGGAUGCCUCCUCGAUUUGCGCAAGGAAUUCCAUUUUUUGAAUUCUUAAUUGGAGAAUGACUAAUCACACAGACAUAUUCCACUGCUCUUUCUCUUCUGCUGAUUUAUUCUAGCCUAGCCCUGUUGUUGUUUUGGAGGAGGGGGGGUUAAGGCACGCAGGAUUCCAAGUGUUUUAGCCAGGGCGCGCGUCAUCUCUCGACUGAUGCCCAUUGAUUUAUGAUUUUUGGGCCAUUUAUCUGGGUUUCCGCAAGGGACUUGGAUCCGCUUCAGGAACAUCAAGGUUCUCUCCUCCCGCCCCCCAGUUGUCCAAUUUGGAGCAGGAUACUUGUAACUUUCUUUCUCCCCAUGUGGAAAAACGCUCGCUUCUGCCUGGAGAAGACGCGGUUCGGCCGUGCCUUAGGUUUGCUGCUCGCACAGACACUGUAGAACAAAAAACAAGAGGAGAGAGAGAGAGAGAGACUGUGUUUGGACAGUAACAUUUUGAAGACCUCGACCCAGGCAUCACUCACACUGUGUCACACACUCGUUUGAUACAUAUAUAUCUAUUGCGCAUUAUUCAACUUCAACAAUCCCGCACGAACAGCAUCGUGUGGAGGCUGAGCGCCGCAGAGAGCUUCAUUCCACCAUCGGCUACUGGAACAACUGGGAUUAAACAUCCGCCUGCUGGGAUUCCUACCAUGUCAGGUGCACGGGAUUGCAGGUGGACUCUCCUCAUCUGUGUGGCGGCGCUUUCAUAUGCUCUUGCAGGUAAAAUCUCUCCAACCAGCUCAGAUGCCCUCCUCAGUUCCUCAGCAAUGACAGCCAGUCCUUCACCACCCAAUGUGUACCUUCCCGCCAACUUUAAAAUGUCCAAUGCACAACUGGCUUUCUUUUUGCGAGAGACUCAGAUCACAGGACAAACAGUUGGCGGCAGCAGUAAGAGCAGCAGUAGUCCCAGCACUGGACACCCACUGCAGCGCUCUGAGAGUUUUGUGGUUUUCCAGACAAAAGACCUCCCUGCCAUCAACAUAAGCUUUGGGCCUUUUGCCCAGGACCAGGCCCUGUCCAAGGACUUGCUCCAGCCAGCUAGUCCACUGGAUAUUGCCGGCCAGCUAACAGUGAACUGGAAGGUGCGGGCCUUCAUUGUCCAGGCGCGGGUGUUUUCCAACAACCCAACAGUCCAGGUGUUUUUCUACAUCGCUGGCCGUGACUGGGAUGACUUCAAGGCUCAGGACAAACUGCCCUGCGUCCGUCUGCACGCCUUCCGGGAUGUCCGUGAAAUUAAAACCUCCUGCCGCAUGAAAGGCAACCUGGCGCAGUGCUUGGCCCAGCUUGAGCUGCCUCCGUCCUGGUUUAACACCAAUGUAGCCCCGCUGGGGCGGAGGAAAGGUUCCAGUGACGGGCUCUUGGAUGGGCUAACCAGUGAGACCCUCCAGGCUGAGCUCUACUACACACUCCAUGGGCCUAAUCUGGAUGGGGAGUGCAGUGAGGGCUCAGGUCAUAGAGGUGGUGGUGUUUCCAGGGGAGAACCUCUGUCACAGCACCCCCUGCUGCGUAUCGGGAGCAUCAGCCUGUACCAGGCCAGUCAAGAGCAGCUGCUGGUGGACAAGCAGUUAGACAAGAACAUGUUCCUCAGGCUGCCUGAGAAGCCCCUGAAGCCUGGAGAAACCCUCAAAAUCUUUCUCUACUUGAUGCCCAAUUCCACUGUCGAACAGUUCACCCUCAAGGUCAAAGCAAAGAAAGGGGUGAACCUGCUCCAGACCAAGUCGAAGAACGCCCAGUGGAAGGUGGACUGGGAGGUGCAGUCCGGCGCCAAGCAUUCCAUCACCACCAUCGAUGUGAACAAGAACAAAGCAGUCAAACAGGGGGAUGUGUUGGGCAAUGUCGAGGUGAUGCAGUUGGACUUCGAGAUGGAGAACUUUACCAGCCUCUCAGUGACCAGAAGGAUCAACUGGAACAUUGACUACAAGGGGCAGAACCCGCCGCCAGAUUCAGAGAAGGUUGUGACGGAGUUGACUGUAGUGCAGCGGGAUAUUCAGGCCAUCAUCCCUCUGGCUAUGGACACUGAGAUUAUCAACACGGCCAUUCUGACCGGACGCACUGUGGCCAUUCCUGUCAAAAUGGUCUCCAUAGAGAUGAAUGGAGCAGUCACUGACGUCUCAGCCUUUGUGCAGUGCAAGUCCUCCAAUGAAGACAUUGUUAAGGUGUCCAUGAAUUGCGACUACGUGUUUGUCAAUGGGAAGGAGACGCGGGGAUCCAUGAACGCAAGGGUCAUCUUCAGCUACGAGCACCUGAGCGCACCGCUGGAGCUGACCGUUUGGGUGCCCAAACUUCCCUUGCAGGUGGAACUGUCUGACAACAAUCUCAGCUUCAUCAAAGGCUGGAGGGUUCCCAUUCUGCCUGACCGAAGGAGCACCAGAGACAGCGACGCAGAUGACGAAGACGACGAGCGCCGGGUGAGUCGAGGCUGCACCCUGCAGUACCAGCGGGCCCUGGUCAAGGUGUUGACCCAGUUCCACACCACCUCCACAGAGGGUACCGACCAGGUCAUCACCAUGCUGGGGCCCGACUGGCAGGUUGAUGUCACAGACCUGGUCCAGGACUCCCUGAAGGUGGCCGACCCCAGGAUAGCUGAGUUGGUGGACAGGACGGUCCUGGUGGGUCUGGAGCUGGGAUCCACUGUGCUAAAGGUGGAGUCUCCUCUGGCAGUGGAUGCAGUAUUGGGAGAGUCGGCGUUCUCGGUCACAGACGACAAGGUUUCCAUCACGGAGAUGCGUGUUCACGCCAUUUCAGGCCUGACCCUAUCACUGCAGCCCAGCCCCGGCAACAGCCACACCAUGGUGGCCAAGGCAACCGGCAUCCAGACACUCACUGCUCCCAAACAGGAGGCCAGUUUGUCUGUCUGGAUGCUUUUCAGUGACAACACAGCAGCGACUCUGACUUACUUUGAUCCCAAAGACUACAACCUCAAUGCCUCCACACUGGAUGACAAAGUUGUGUCAGUAUCCCAGGAACCUCAGCAACGCUGGCCUGUGGUGGUGGCAGAAGGUGAGGGAUCUGGCGAGAUGGUGCGUGUAGAGAUGACCAUCUGCGAGGCCUGCCAGAAGACCAAACGCAAAAGCGUCAUCGCAUCUGCUGCAGUUUAUGUCAAGGUCCGCUUUGGCCCAGAGGAAGACUCUGAGGAAGAGGCAACCACAGAGGGUGAGAUUGAGCUGGCACCUGUCACCAGGCGUCCAAUCAUUGAUCCGAACAUCAGUGGAAGAAUUUAUGAGACAUCUAAUGAGCAGCCUGCCAGUGUUCCCAUUGAUUACACCAAUUUCCCCACCAUUAGCAACGAGGAGCGACCAACUGAAAGUGAUGAAGAGGAGGAAGACGACUUUGUGCAUUCACCUCGUAACAUGACCGACCUUGAGAUUGGCAUGUAUGCUCUACUGGGAGUCUUCUGUCUGGCCAUCUUAGUCUUUCUCAUCAACUGCAUUGUCUUCGUGCUUAAAUACCGCCAUAAGCGGAUCCCGCCCGAGGGUCAGGCCAACAUGGACCAUUCCCACCACUGGGUGUUCCUGGGAAAUGGCCAGCCACUGAGAGCCCAGUGUGAUCUGUCGCCACAGCAGGUAGAAAGUCCUAGUAACCCCUUGGAGGGCGUUCAGACUUGCUGCCACGGGGACCACCACAGCAGUGGCAGUUCCCAGACUAGCGUUCAAAGCCAGGUACAUGGGCGGGGUGAUGGCAGCUCUGGUGGCUCUACAAAGGAGAAUGGUGAGGAGGCCAGUUCACCCACCUCCAAGCGCAAGAGAGUCAAGUUUACCACCUUUACCACCCUUCCCACAGAGGAGCUGCCCUAUAACUCAAUCCCCAUAGCAGAUGAAGAGGACAUUCAGUGGGUUUGCCAGGAUAUGGGCUUUCAAGACCCAGAGGAACUCCAUGAUUACAUGCGCAGAAUAAAAGAAAUAGCCUGAGAUAAGAGGUGCAGUGUGAAGUACCCCUCUCAGCUUUCUAAAGAAAUGUUCCUUUCUAUUUUUCUCUUUUUCACCUAAGUGAAAGAUAAUUUUUCACAGACUAAAAGGCCAACUGUUGUUUUGGUUAGGGUGUGUUCCAUUUAGUUUGCACAGUGCUGUAAUCUCAUACAUGCUCACACAGAAGAGAAUGCAAGGAAGCCAAAGACUUGACCAGAGGAUCUCAAUCACCAGAGAAAUCUGUAAAUCUUGGCUAUAGGAAACAUGUUCAGCUGGGAAGCUGAGUCAUGGCCAGAUGUGAGAGCUGCUCCAGCUCUCUUAUUUUCAGGAUUUGAGUCUAGAGAAAGCCUGAUAUGGACAGGAAUGUAGAAGAAGUUUGGUAUUGGCUUUUUGCUGGCUCAGCAGGACUCUGCAGUACUGUACCUACUCCAAACAAAGAGGCCUUUGAUGAACAAAAAACUGUCAAAGACUCUCAUGAAAGCUAUGUUAAAAAAUUAUUUUGUUUUUGCCAAAGUAGGAAAAGUGUUCUUUUAAUGGCGAAACUUUCUUCAUUGUUGUUCUUGGUGCAGCACACUCAUGAUUUGUACUCAUGUUCAUUCCGUACAUUUUUCUACAUUUCAUAGAUAGUCAAAAGCAGUGCCCUACUACUAGUCCUCCUGGUCCUGAACAAAUCUAAUGCCUUAUAAAAAUUGUCACGGUUCACUUCUUAUAUCAGCGCGGGCACCCUGUUUUCUCACUACGGCUAGAGACAGUGUAGUAAGAUGUAAAAUACUACAACUGAUCUCGAGCAUGAGGUAUAAAUAGAAAAGAGCUUAUGUAUUGUGAGGAUCUCUAACAUUCUUUGCAUGGAAGUGGAUCUUGAGGCACAAUCAGCAACUUUUUCCAAAUUUGUAAAUGUUUGUAUUGUAAUUAUAUAAUCAUUCAUACACAUUGCUAAAGUAAAUAUGUUAUCAUGCAUUACACGCAUGCCAUGUCAGGCCUACAUACACGCAGACAUUCCUCUCUAAUAUAUGUAUAUACCGCAUCGAGCCAGAGUCGACUCCCGCACGAACAUUCAACAAGUUACUUACUCCAACCUAGAAGAGUGGGAAGCCGGUUGAAGUCUUGAACAUUUUAUAGUCUUGUGGUGAGUAGAAGGUUCCCCUCAGUAACGUCAUGACAGAACUGUAGCUUUUUAACAAAGUGGUAUCGCAUUUGACUGUUGAAUAUGGGGAUUUGCUAUGCACCAGAAUUGUAACAGAUCUAAUCUUUUGAUGAAUUAGUUCCCUUCCUCAACUUUGGCUGGCCGCCAAAAUAAAAAACGUAUAAUGUACUUGUUGGAAACAUUGAAACAUUCACACUGAACACAGGAUCCUCUAAACUCUGCAGGAAAUGUCAUUCACCCGAAAAUAGGAUGACCGAAUAAAUUAUUGAUUUUUGCUCCAUCAUUUAAAUCAUGGCCAUCCCAUGUUGUCAUGCUGUUUUUAGAAACACACUCUACUAUGUAUGUAGUCCCUAUUUUGUUUCAUCUAUUCCAGUGAACUCAUAUCUGGAGGUCACAAAUGUGGUUUGUCUGAAGGAAAUGAAUAGGACGAGAGACUAGUAGCUCUCUCUGAUAAAGAAACCGGUUGUGUUGCUACUGGCAGAUGUUCUGUGUGGUUGCCAUUGGUGUGGUUAUGACAACAUGUAAAAGUAUCUCAGGAUGCUGAAUGGCUUAUUUGACAAAUCAAAGGGAUUGACAGCAACACAGUAAGUGGGUGUUGUUCGCGGGUUUUGUUGUGCAGAAAGUGUUAAUUGCUGUGUUGAGCUUUUAAAGGUUUACUGACAGGGGUUUUAAACUACACUAAAGCAGAAAAAGGAAAAAUCUGCCAGGUAUAGAAAGAGCAUAAAAUAUCUCUCAAGUGAGAUUUCAUCCAAAACAUUGCAAGCCAGCAAGACACGUCGUAACUGAGAGCAUGAUGACAGCAGGCCUAAUAGUAUUUUUAAUUGCAGUUGCCCUGUUAGCGUAGCGUAUGCUUUUAAUACUAGAGUGGAUGACUGGAGAUGACUUUUGAAGGUUGAUGUUAUUCCAGCUCUGAUCUCACAUAAAGCAAGUUCUUUUCAAGAUUAAUGAAGCAACCAUGAGAUAAAAAUUUGUUUCCGUGUCACUUUCUUUUAAUUCUGUACUGCAUCUAAGGGCUUGGAUUUUUCUUUUAUGUUAACUGACUGACUGAUUUUAGUGAUCCUAUGAGAAAACUAAUGUUACUUGCUCCUUCUGUUGUGAUAAUGAACAUAAGCUCAAAACUGUCAUUGAAAAUGUACAACAUUUUAUUGCCAUGCUUUUCAGCCCCUACAGCCUUAUUUAAGACCCAAUCCAGAAUUGUUCCUCUUGAGGCAGCGCUGUUGUGCAAAAAAAAAAACCAGCUAUAUAUCGGAUCAAAACAUUGAAUUAAAGACAUAUUUUAUUUUUACUUUGAAAAUGUGUUUCCUGAGCUCCUUAUUCAUUGACUGACCAUAUGUGACAGCUCAACACAAGUGUUAAAUGAGAUAUGUAAGUGGUUUGAUUACAGCAACAUUGUAAAUACUGGAGCAAAACAGGCUUUAAUUUUUCACUUACUGUAUCAGAAAGUUGCCAGGAGAUUAUUUUCUGUCAGUAAACCACACCUUUCAAUAUUCUACAUGUAUAUAGACCCACAUUUGAUAUAUUCAUAAAUCCUGGAUUGGGACUUUAAGGAUUUGGUUUACUGCAUGCCUUCUCUUUGUUCGAUGUGGUUGAAAUGAAUAAUGACCUGAUUCUAGUGUUUAAUAAUACUCAAUCUGUGUUGACAUCUAAAGAGAAGAUGAAACGUUUUUUUUUGACAGUCCAAGCCCGUCCUUCAGCCACAGCAUCUACAUGAUUUGAAUGAAACAUGAAAUUAAGAAAAGCGGCAGCCAGCUGGAAGUGCUUCAGUUUUUAACUUUAAAUGAUGGUUUCUCAGGAUGAAUGUAGGAUUCUUAACUAAACCUGGCUGUUUAGUGUUAAUGUGGUCAGCCCAAUCUGGUGACACUACUUGUAACAGAUUAAGUAUCUAAUAGCAGCUUUAUACACUGUUUUCAUAUGUUUUUUCACCAUUGAUUAAAUCACACAGUAUGUAAAUAUUUUGCCCAUUGAUGCAUCUUAAGAUUUUAUUUUUCACAUAAUUUUGACAUCCUUCUUCUCUUUCCCCUAUGUAUUUGAUGUCUUUUUUGUGAACCUGCUUUUGGUGACAGCGCACAUAUUGCUCAUUUUGUAUUUUCUUCAAGCUGCUAAUAGAAACUUAGUCUUCUUACGACAUGUAAUUUAACAUCUUGAAUUGUACCUUUCUGCCCCCCUUGGGAAACUGUGCACGAUGUGCACGGCUCAGUCAGCUGUGCCAAGCAACCACUAAACUCACAACAAUAUGUUAAUGUACAGAGCACUGUUAAAUUUCCUGUAUUCUCUUGAAAACAAACCCUUGUAUUUUCCCGUUAUAUGUAAAGUACUAAAG